ACGGAGCAGGAGAGCGGAGACCGGGCACAGUUGUAACUCCGCCGAAUCGCAGAGCCCCGGAUCCCGCCUGCAGCCCCAGCCUUACCUGCCCCAUCUCCCGCCUGCUGCCCCGGACAUGGCCUGAGGAGAGGCGGCGCACGGGGUCAUCCUGCAGCCAUUUUCCCACCUGCCCCGGAGCGGCGAUCGGAGGAGCCCGGUCCCAGGGGGGAUUUUGGGGUCACCUGAGGCGGCCUCGUUACCGGAAAUCGCUAAAAGGCAGCGGAGAGAACCCGGCUGUGCAUUGGGCGCCCCUGCACCGGAGAAGAGCCCCCUGGGGCUGGAGAUACCCCGGACAUGCUGUGCAAUGCCCCGGGGCAGCCCGGAUCCGCUCUAUGAGGAUCUGUCAUUCGGUUCAUCCACGGAGUGACCCCAAAAACUGGCAACCCGGAAACUGCCCCCCACCUCGGUCCAUGCCGGAUGUUCUGGGGGCUCUGAGGGCAGCUGAUCCUCACAACAAGUGACCAUGGGGGACUUCUAUGACCCCGAACACCCGACUGAGCCUCUGCAUCCGGAUUACAAUAGAGAAGAAGAGCAAGAGGCCAAGAAUGAAAACUCCUCCAAGAUAGGAUUUGGUAAAACCUCUGCUUUUAAAGGAGUUUCCUCGAGCCGCUUUUUACCGAAAGGAACAAAAGCAAAGGUUAACCUCGAGGAACAAGGACGGCAGAAAGUUUCAUUCAGCUUCAGCCUUACAAAGAAGACCUUUCAAAACCGAUUACUGACGUCUCCGGUAAACGAGAAGCAGAAUGAGGCUCCCAACCCCCCUCCCAUGCUCAGCCCCGGCGAGCAGACAUCAAAAUUUAAGAUGGACUUUCCAGACUCCGGCGGGUCGGCGGGAGAAAACUCUCCUCCAAAACCAAAAGUGGAACUGGGGAAAAUUCAUUUCAAAAAGCACCUUCUCAGUGUUACAAACAAGCAGCUGGCUCCCCCACCACCUCCUGCUUCGGCUUCGUUGCCUACGUUUACACCCGCUUUGACGCCAGCUCAACCAUCUCCGCUCGAACCUGCGCAGUCUCCAGAAGCCAAGGAAGCGCCAACAUCGCAGGCACCUGCCCAUUCGACGUUAAGAGAGACGUCGCCUUCUCUCAUUGUACCUUCACAGACAGACCCGCCGGCUCCGUGCCCUGGGACGAGGGAUUCGGCUAGUCCAAAGCAAGCCAAGAGACCGGACAGUAAAGAGAAGUCUGUGUUUGCUGUUGUAGAUAGCCCAAGUACUCAGACAGCGAAUGAAAGAGCAGGCUUGGCUCCUUCAAAAGAAUAUUCCCAUAUUGGGAAAGAAGAAAAAAAUUCCAGCAGUUUACAGAGCGUUAAAUCGAGCUUCAGCCCCGAAAAAACUAGUUCUAAAUCUAAGAUGUCAAACUGUGAUGCUUCGGCGGUUGGUCCUGAGUCGGACGGGGACUCGGUUCACACCUCUUCGAGCCACAGGUCGCACGAGUUAAAAAGUCCUCCCAGUAAGGAAAGAGACUCCAAAAGAUCUUCGGGGUCUUUAAGAAGCGAGGACAGCGGUAAGCACUCUUCUUCCAGGUCAAGAUCCACCAAGGAGGAGAGAUAUUCAAGUUACUCCAAGUCAGACAGAGACUCCAGAUACUCCUAUUCACAUUCUAGGUCGGACCGUGAAAGGAGAACGAGUAGGUCCCACUCCAGGUCACCUUCUAGGUCGAGAUCUGAUCGAGCUCCUAGGAGUGGUUCAUCUUAUUCUAGAUCAGAACGCUCUCAUUAUUACGAAUCGGACAGACGAUAUCACCGGAGUUCUCCCUACAGAACAAGAUAUUCUCGUUCUCGUGUUGAUAGCCGUACAAGAGACAGCUCUGAUUCAGAAGACGAGCAUCGAAGGUCACAUCACAGGUCAAGUGACUCCAAGCGUCCGUCAAACUCAUCUUCCUCUUCCUAUCGUGACUCCAGGACUUCAUCACAUUCGAAAUAUGACCGCGAUUCUAAGGCGGAUUUGUACGACUCGGACAGAAGAGGAAGGACCUCAAGCAGAACCGAAAGGGAUUUGAAGAAGUCUUUUGAACCAGAAACAUCCAGAAAAAGCUCUCCUCGCAAACACACGGAGAGUAAACCUCAAAAGGAUGGUGACGGCAAAGGGCAGAACGAUGUGGAAGGCCGGCUUCAGAGGGAUUCAGACGGCAGGUCGGAAAAAGAUUCCGAUGGCAGAUCUGAAAGAGACGCGGAAGGUAAAUCUCAAAAACAUUCGGACAGCAGAUCUGAAAAAGACCCAGAAGGUCGUCAUCAAAAAGACAUCGACAGCCAAGUGCAAAAAGAUGCAGAAGGUCGACCUCCGGAACAUUUCAAUGACAAAAUGGAACUAGAUGCUGACGGUCAACCUCAAAACGAGGAGGAGGAAGAAGGCAGAGGGCAAAAAGAUGGCGACAGUCGACAUAGGAAUGAGGUGGAGGAUAGAUUGCACAAAGAUGCCGAAAGCCAACAUCAACGAGAGGUGGACGGCUUGUUGCAGAAAGAUGAGGACGGGAAGCAUCAGGAAGAUGAAAGCAGACCUCAAAAAGAUCUUGGGCUUGAAGAUGAUCCUGAAGGCAAACCUCCAAAAGAAGCCAAUGCCGAGUCCCAGAAAGACACGGAUGGCGGGCUGCAGAAAGAUGCCGAUGGUAACAUUUACCCUAAAGCUGAGAACCGUGUGGUCUUCAGUAUAAAAUCAAAAUCCAAGCUCAUAGAGACUAAAAAAUACCCUUUAAUGACCAGAUCCCGAAGUUCCAAAUGGGAUUUAGAAACAAAAGAGCUGCCCGGUGCUGUAAUCAAAGAGCAGCGAAAAAGAGUGAAGGGGGGCGAGGUCGCCCAUGAGAACGACCCUAAAAACAUCAAAACUUUUCAUCGCGACCCGACCGAGCAGGCCAGCGAUUAUCCAGGUUUACUGCUUUCUGAAAGCUACGGCAGGGAAUCUAAGAGGAAGACGCAGAUUCCCAUAGAAGCCAAGUAUGAUGUCGCAAGUCCCGACAAGGGGGAUUUAAGUCUGUCGCCGAGGGAAACGUGGAAUUUCGUAACACUCAGUUCCACCGAAGACCCCGUGCUCGAAGAGCAAAAUGUCAGCUCGUUUACGGAUCCUUCCGCUUCGGACGUUCCUCAUACGCGGUGUGUCGAUGCGUUACAAGUCAGAGCAACUAAAGAAGACCAUGCGGCAAGCGAGGCGCCGGGUGAAGCCCAACAAUGUGAAGCUAGCGGAGAUGACCACGAGGUUACCGUUCCUCCUCAUCCAGUUGAAGCUGAGGACUCUGCUGCUGGUAACUCAGAAUUAUUGUCUGAAAUAAAAUCCGAUGACCAACAUUUCAUGUCUGACGGGACCAAGUUAGAAAGCCCUGACCGUGCUUUAGAGAGAAGGGACAAUUCUUCAUUUAACCAAAUCCCAACACCAGCAGAUGAGACCCCGGACAGCAGUCGGCCAGCGGUUACAGACAUUGAAACGGAGGCUACGGUCGAUCCGUCGGUUCCAGAAGAUGCAAAAGCAUCGGAACUCGUGUGUACGGACAUCGAAAUGACUACUGAAAUUACGUACGACUUAAACGAGGCGUCCGACGCUUCUGAGCAGAGCCAACCUUGGGACUUCCCGACGGAAGACGUCUCUAAAGUGGGAGAAUCCGAAGGAGCCGUUGCUACGCAAGUUGCGGAAGAGACCGUUAUUUGUAGCGAAAUCAUUAAGGACGGUCCGGUAGAAAACGAAAUCCAACCCGCGCCUACCGUCUUGGCCAGCAAACAAGCUGAUUUGGUGGAAGAUCCCUCACCGAAGGAGCAAAACGCAGAGAAGGGGGAUAUUUUUGAAGCAGCCGAUCCAUCUAAUGCUUCAACUCCGCAGCCGGAAGCUCCCGCAACGAACUCAAACGAUGUGUCUGAGGAGGAGAAGAUGGAAUUAUCCGAGACGCCUUCUGUCGGACUGGACUCAGGUGACCUUCCAGAAGCAACAGAGAGCGGUAGAGACGCCAGCGGUGUCGGUGUUCAGGCUGUGGCGGAUUAUUAUUCGGACACGGAGGAAAGCGGGAGCGAGGAGAGCGACACGGAAGACACCGAUUCCGAUGACAGCAGUAUGCCCAGGAAACGCUUGCAGUCCGUGGUCAUCGUUCCUAAGAAUUCCACCAUCGCCAUGGAAGACGCCGGUUCUCCUCCCCGGCUUAACAAUAAAAGCGAGUUCUUCUUUCAUAAAGAAGAAGCUGUAAAGCAGGAGGAUAAACCGCCUCAGCGUCCGGUUAAAUCUCCGCACGCGGGGACGGAAUCAAAAGGAUCCGUUCCUCCGCAGAACGCGCCAGAAGAAAGGGUAGAACCUGCCGCUCUGCCGACCAGUCAGACCAAAAGGCAAGAACUUUCUUCCGGUGUUCAGCCUCCUCAUAGCGAUGGUGUUGUGAGCACCAGCCAGCCCGAGGUCUCCGAACAUGCAAGCAGCGGGGGGCAAACACGUGAGGGUCAUGUAGCAGAAGAGCCCGUGAACUCGGGUCCACCAAGUAGCCGAAACAAAGACGACCACUUGGCAACGCUGUCUCUGGUGUCUAACCAAAGCAAGUCUCAUCAACCGGUCCCAAGUUCUGCCGAGAAGCCGGACAGCAGACAGGGAGGGUCAUCAGGCUUUGAUCAAGUACAAGGGUCCCAGGAUUAUUCAAGGGUCGUUGGUUUUCAAGCAGCAGAGGAUCUUUCUUGCCUCGGUUGGGACUUUACCCAGCCAGAGAAGCCGAGUAGCACUUACCAGCAGCCAGACAGCAGUUAUGGCUACUUUGGUUACAAUUACCAGCCGGCUUGCGGAGUUUACGACGUCUCACAGAGUUACGGCAGAGACAACGGUUACUGGGAUCCUAGAUUGCACAGAAAGAGCCACGAGCUGUCGUACAGCAAACCUUCCGUCACGGUCCCCGACUCCGCCACGCGCUGCUACGACGAAGACGACGACGACUUUAACUGGGAAACGGGACACGGCCAGAGCCUGCCGCUGCAGUCCCACGGCGAGAAGCCCAGAGAAACCGGCUCGGUGCAAGCCCACGAGAUCAGCAGCAAUUCCACGAAGGAUAACGUAGCCGCGGCGGAGAGGAGGGAGCCGCUGGCGAAGACCUCGGACAGGACGGACCUCAAAGAGCGAGGACCUUUUAAGAAGAGGAGGCAAGAGUUGGAGGCCGACUCCGAAGGCGAUGGGGAAGCUCUGGAAAAGAAGAGGCUGAAGGCAGACCUGGGCAUCUCCGCGAGCCCAAAACCAGGCGGCGAGAGCAUUUUGUGCAAUAUGGACAAGUUCCGAGACGCUCAGUACUGGAAGGAUCACUCUCGGCACGGAGAUAUGCCUCCCUACUUUGACCUUAUCGAGGAGAACAUGUACUUAACGGAAAGGAAGAAGAACAAAAGCCACAGAGACAUCAAGCGAAUGCAGUGCGAAUGCCCCCUCCUGUCCAAGGAAGAGCGGUCCCAGGGCGAGGUGGCGUGCGGGGAAGAUUGUCUGAAUCGCCUCCUCAUGAUAGAAUGCUCUUCCAGAUGCCCCAACGGAGAGUACUGUUCCAACCGGCGGUUCCAAAGGAAGCAGCACGCGGACGUCGAAGUCAUCUUAACGGAAAAAAAGGGCUGGGGUCUGCGAGCUGCCAAAGAUCUCAAACCGAACGCUUUUGUUUUGGAGUACUGCGGCGAGGUCCUCGAUCACAAGGAGUUUAAAGCCCGAGUGAAGGAGUACGCCCGCAACAAAAACAUCCACUACUAUUUCAUGGCUCUGAAGAACGAUGAGAUUAUUGACGCCACUCAGAAGGGGAACUGCUCCCGAUUCAUGAACCACAGCUGCGACCCAAACUGUGAAACACAAAAGUGGACGGUGAACGGGCAGCUGAGAGUUGGCUUUUUCACCACUCGCGUGGUUCCCGCCGGCUCCGAGCUGACAUUCGACUACCAGUUUCAGAGAUACGGGAAAGAAGCCCAGAAAUGCUUCUGCGGUUCCGCCAACUGCCGGGGAUACCUCGGAGGCGAAAACCGGGUCAGUAUUCGAGCAGCCGGUGGGAAGAUGAAGAAGGAGCGCUCUCGCAAGAAGGACUCGGUCGAUGGGGAGCUGGAGGCCUUGCUGGAGAACGGGGAAGGCCUUUCUGACAAAAACCAGGUCCUGAGUUUAUCCCGACUGAUGGUCAGAAUCGAGACCUUGGACCAGAAACUCACCUGCCUCAAGCUAAUUCGGAACACGCAGUCGCAGUCCUGCCUCAAGUCGUUCCUGGAGUGCCACGGCUUGUCCCUGCUUUGGAUCUGGAUGGCGGAGCUCGGCGACAGCCGAGGGAACACCAGCAACAACAUCAAACUCCAACUCGAGAUCAUUAGGACGUUGGCGCUCCUCCCUAUCCCCAACAAAAAUAUGUUGGAAGAAAGCAAGAUUUUGCCGAUCGUUCAACGCUGGGCGCAGACAAAGAUGGCCGUCCCUCUGCUGAGCGAGGGAGACGGAUACUCGAGUGAGAACACUUCCCGAGCCCAUACGCCGCUUAAUACCCCAGACCCUGCCGCCAAGGUCAGCCUGGAGCCCGAGGGCGAAACGCCAAAAAAACUGGUGUUCAAAAGACUAAAAGUCAUCAGCGAGAACAGCAUGGACAGCGCCGCGUCCGACGCCGCCAGCGAAGUCGAGGUCAAGGAGGCGCCGGAGAAGUCGGAAGCCCAAGUCCCGGACGAGUGUAAGGAGGCUCCGUUACCCAAGGAACCGGCGGCCAAAAGCGAAGGCAGAGACGAUGAUGCCAAACCGGAGCAGGCGGAACCGGCGACCGCGGAGGAGCCCAAGACGGAACCGGCCCCUGCGGCCGACGGGGCCAAAGCCCAGACGCCAGGACCCGAGGCUCCCGAGGCCGAAGUCAAGGAGAACACGAAAGAAGAGGCGUCCGCGGUGGAAACGCCGUCCCAAGACGAGGAGGAAGGAGUGUCUGACGUGGAGAGCGAGAGGAGCCAGGAGCCGGCUGAUAAGAUGCUGGAUAUGAGUGAUCUGGCUGCCAAGCUCCUCGAGGGCUGGAAGUAUCUGAAGGAGGUUUAUCGAAUCCCGAAGAAAAGUCAAGCGGAGAAGGAGAACAGUGAGCGUUGGAGAGACUCGUCGAGUUCCGGUUAUCUCACUCCGAGCGCCAAGACCCAGCCCCGGGAGCGAGACUCCAGCCAGAGGAAGCGGCGUCAGUCGCCCUCCCCGCCAGGCUUCGUUUAUGAGCGGCCAUCAAAGAGAGGGGAUGACAGGUACGAUACCCCCGUCUCCUCGAAGAAGAAAAGCCGCCUGCAGGAUCGCAACAAGCUGUCGACGGAGGAGCGGAGGAAGCUGUUUGAGCAGGAGGUGGCCCAGAGGGAGGCCCAGAAGCAGCAGCAGCAGAUGCAGAGCCUGGGCAUGGCGUCCCCCAUCGCCUACGAGCCCCUGCCCUACGGCACGCAGCUCCCGCCGCCGUUCAUGGCCUACCCUCCGGGCUACCCCAUUCAGUCUUUUGUCGACCCCACCAAUCCGAACGCUGGAAAGGUGCUCUUACCCACCCCGCCGCCGGACUCCGUUCCUUCUCCUAAUAGCUACGACCCCAGCCAGGGCAUGAUGGUUAAUUCAGCUCUUCUACCCCCACAGCCGCUCCCCGUGGUGCAGCAUGUAGCGCCUCCCAUGGACGUUCCCGCCCAGCAGUAUGUAGCUCCGGCCGAAGGCCUAGUGCCCCAGGAAGCCAACGUGGCGGUCCUUCCGGUGCCCGCGCCAAGUACGGUGCCCACCCAGAGCUACGGAGUCUGGGACCCCAACCAGCAAACCGUGGCGGUCCAGCAGCCUCCGCCGCAAACCCAGGCGCCGUAUCCACCUCCGCCCUCCCAGCCCGCCAUUUACUACCAGGGGCAGGGAUGUCCGACCGUGUACGGCGUGCCGACCGCUUACGCCCAGACGGCGCAGCCCAUUGUACAGAGUUACCCCCAGCCGGGAUUGCAGUAUCUACCCGGGCAGCAGAUCUACGCAGCCCACCCGCAAGGUGUCGUGGUGCAACAAGCCCCCGCUGUCCAAACCAUCGUGGCUCCGGGACAAGCUCCGGCCCUGCAGCCGCCCGAAAUGGGAAUGGCCGCCACCAACCUUCUGGACCUUCCACCUCCUUCCCCUCCCAAGCCCAAGACCAUCGUACUCCCCCCCAGCUGGAAGACCGCCCGGGACCCCGAAGGAAAGAUCUAUUAUUAUCAUGUAAUAACCAGGCAAACCCAGUGGGACCCCCCGUCCUGGGACAGUCCGGGUGAUGAUGGGGGGAGCCUUGAACAUGAAGCUGAAAUGGACCUUGGGACCCCGACGUAUGAUGAGAACCCAAUGAAGUCUUCCAAGAAAGCCAAGACAGCCGAGGCGGACACGUCGAGUGAACUGGCAAAGAAGAGCAAAGAGGUUUUCAGGAAGGAGAUGUCGCAGUUUAUCGUUCAGUGCCUCAACCCCUACAGGAAGCCGGACUGUAAGAUGGGGCGAAUAAAUAACACAGAGGAUUUCAAGCAUCUGGCGCGCAAGCUCACUCACGGCGUCAUGAACAAAGAGCUGAAGUACUGUAAGAACCCGGAGGAUCUGGACUGCAACGAGAACGUGAAACACAAAACCAAGGAGUACAUCAAGAAGUACAUGCAGAAGUUCGGGACCGUUUACAAACCCAAGGACGACGUGGGAAUGAACAGCCCCCUCUAGAGGCUCCUCGCGGCAUUGCACCCCCAGCGACGCUGGCGGACCCCGAACCCUUUUAUGGCCUUUAUGUCCCAUUUAAACUUUACAAAUUUGGCCGCUGUCCCCUUUAUGUGCUUCUUCGACC